CGACACCAGGCGGCAACCGGAAAUUGGUGGGCGCGCAGGAACUCAGGGGGAGUUUCCUACGAGCUAGGCUUCCUCAACAUGGCAGCGCCCUUGUCAGUGGAAGUGGAGUUCGGAGGCGGUGCAGAGCUCCUGUUUGAUGGCGUAAAGAAACAUCAAGUCACUUUGCCUGGGCAGGAGGAGCCCUGGGACAUCCGGAACCUUCUUGUCUGGAUCAAGACGAAUUUGCUAAAAGAGCGGCCGGAGCUGUUCAUCCAGGGAGACAGCGUGCGGCCGGGAAUUCUGGUGCUGAUUAACGAUGCCGACUGGGAGCUGCUGGGGGAGCUGGACUACCAGCUGCAGGACCGGGACAGCGUCCUCUUUAUCUCCACGCUGCAUGGCGGCUGAGGGCCCCUCUGCCUGGGUCCUUUGCAGGGGAGAACAGAUACCUCCCUGGUCCCCUCUUCUAGGUCUCCCUGUCCCCCUUGGCUGCCUCCUCUGCUCUGUCUCUUGAGCUCCCUCCAGGCAGGGAAAGGAGGCCAGGUGCUAAAAAUGAGCCUUUCUCAGCACAUGAGCAGGGGAAAGCAGUCGCUGGGGGCGUCCCCUCCAGUGUAUCAGGAGUGGCGGGGGCUCUGUGGCCAGGUGACCCAGCUGCCUUCUGCUCUCUGUGUCUCGGUCUAAACGCUAAGUGACUGCCAACGAGGCUCCCUAGCUGCAGGGCCAUCCUGUAGGGAAGAUGAAUGGGCCUGAAGAACUGAAGGAGGCCCCUCCUUUCCAGAGAUCAGAAGACUCUUCGCCUCAGUUUCCCCAUCUGGACAGCAGAGGGCUGUGCCUGUCCCCCACUGAUAUCAUUAUUGAACCCCAGCUGGGGUCCCCUAUUCAGAGCUGCCCCCCUUCCCCCAGCCCAGCAGCUGCUCUCCCAGCCACACCCAUCCUCCCCCCUUGACCCCGCCCCCCCAGGCCGCCAGAUGGGCUCCUGAGACCCUCCCCAGUCUUUGAACAGCGUUCUGCUGGGAGUGGACAGGGAAGGAGCCUGACCUUGGACUGGCCAGCGGAGGCCUGGCACAGGGGUCAGUGUCCCUCAGUUGCUUCCUCUGCGACAACUGACUAUAGCGUCUAAACUUGGGGAGACACUGGAUGGUACAAGUUUGCCUUGCAGGAAGCAGGGUGGGGACAGGCAGCACCUGGUAGGCAGAGCGGUUUGUCCCUCCUCCCUCACCCCUUUUGGAAAUCUAGGGGUCUGGUUGCCUACAACAGCUGGCCUUGGGCAAAUAAAAGACUAGGUUGUUCACUGGCCUCCUGGGAGCUGCCUCCGUAGAGAUGGGUGAGACUGUCCUGUAGAGUGGUCCUGUAGGGACGGUGUCUGGAGAAGGAGGUACAGAGCCAGUCCCCGCUGUCCAGUCUGGGACCAGGACACAGCCCAGCCAGACUUUGUGCCAUCACCUGCAGCCAGAUGCCCUGGCCCCAUACUAGGAAUGGCAUGGAAGACCUGCUGAGCCCCCUUUCCUUCCAUAACCUGGAGAAAAGUACUUUGUCUGCCCAAGGGAGACCUUAAAAAAGAAGUAGGGCACCAAUAUCAUCCUGCCAAAGCCCAGAACAUUGCUUUUCAUUAAAUGUCAAUAAUUUAAGGUGGAAAUUUCUCAUCCUUGGCCAUGAAAGCGCCAAAUGUCCUGGCAGUGGCAGAGUGUGUGUGUGUGGGGGGGGUCUCAUCAUUCUCUUAGGGGACAGAUGACCUGGCCAGUGGGCUUCUCCAGCCUGCUGCAGGGGAGGCUCCCAAGUGGUGGGGCAGCCAUGUUGGGGUUAGGGUAGGGGCUGGGCAGGGCGCUCCAGAGCCUGGCUCACCAGCCCUCUCUAGGUAGGGCCCAGGUCAGGGUGUCCCUAACAGAAUGGAGCAGGCUCACUGUAGAGGGUCAGCCUGACCCGACUCCUGUAGCCUGGAGGUCCUUGCCUCCCUCCAGCUCCGGGGCUGCAGGACUGGCCAGCUGUCCCACAAGGAAUCCCAGGUCCUGGAAACUGGGUGCUGGGAUUCCCCUCGCUGCGGAGAGGGGUUGGAGCUGAGAGUCUCCGGGUGUCCCUGCCCCCACAGUACCCCAGUAAAUGCUGAGCAUCGGAGCAGGAGAAAGGCGCUGGGGAAAGCCGGAUUCUCCCCACAGCAGGGAUGCUGGCACGAGGGUGAGAACUGGCCCGGGCCAAGGCAGAAUGGACCACUGCAGGCCUUCGGCCAGAGCCCUGAGCCAGAAAGGGGUCAGGGCAGGAGACCCAGGUCCACCGCCAGCGGCUCCCAACAGCCCCCUCCCAAGCAACUCCUGAGCCCAGCUUUUGAGAAAAUAAAAGAAUAAAUAAACCCCACUAUCUCCGAAGAUUUUUC